AUGACUCCUCCGACGGAGGAAUCUCUCAUGUGCGCUAUGCCUUGGCAUGCGUCAUGUCUCUCUUCCCCUCCGGAGACUCUCGCUUCCACUCUACAGUGGGAGUGCCCCGAUUGUUCCGGAGAAGGUGACUGUCUUCCGAUUGCAUUCAUCGAUGAAUCGGAUCUUGUCGCAGCCAUUCUCGCCAUUGAGGAUAGCCCUGUCACGGCACCAUGUGGGCACAAUUUCUGCAUGAAAUGCUUUGGGAAAUGGACUAUUGGUCAAGGCAAGCGUACUUGUGCAGAAUGCCGCAAAGUUAUUCCUCUCAGAAUGGUCAGAAACCCUUGGAUCAACUCUGCCCUUGUCUCUGCCAUUCGUUUGGCCAAAGCGGCAAGACCAUCAACAAAUGCAAUAUCUUCCUCGAUAAAGCACAAGUCAGCAGCAGCAGAAGCAUCCACCUCUCAAGCUGCUCCUAAUGGCAACGAGCAACAACCAUAG